AUGAAACUCAGGACUGGUCUCAAAAUCAUGAAACAGAGACCUGGUCCCAGGAUCAUGAAACUAAUGUCUUGUCCCAAGGUCAUGAAACUGAGACCUGUUCCUAAGAUCAUGAAACUGAGACCUGGUCCCAAAAUCAUGAAACAGAGGCCUGGUCCCAGGAUCAUGAAACUGAUGCCUUGUCCCAAGGCCAUGAAACAGAGGCCUGUUCCUAAGAUCAUGAAACUGAGGCCUGGUCUUAAGAUCAUGAACCUGAGGGCUGGACACAAAAUCAUGAAACUGAUGCCUGGUCCCCAGGUCAUGAAACUGAGGCCUGUUCCUAAGAUGAUGAAACUGAGGCCUGGUCCCAAGGACAUAAAACUGAGGGCUGGUCACAAAAUCAUGAAACUGAGGCCUGGUCCCGAGGUCAUGAAACUGAGGCCUGGUCCUACGAUCAUGAAACAGAGGCCUGGUCCUAAGAUCAUGAAACUGAGGACUGGUCCCAAGAUCACUUUGGUUUUCAAGUGA